CUCCGUGCCGGCCGCGCGCCCGACGCCCAGACGCGGGGCCGCCGGGCGGGUCCCCCAGAUCGCACUCGCGCGCCCCGCUCCCGCCGCCCCCCGGCAGCCAUGCACCGGAUCACCAGGGACGUCCUGCUGGACAUGGAGGAGGACGACGACGAGGACGGAGACAUCGGUGAUGUUCCUGCCUCCAGGAGGCCUUUUUUGACGCCUCACUCCUCUCACACAUCCAGUCUGGAGUUGGAGAACAUUGACAAGACAACUACUGUGUCCAGUUUUGGAGCAUUAGAAAAUCAGCCUGAUUUUCGAAUUCCAGAUUUUGAAGAAUUUGAUGGAAAACCCGAUUCCCUCUAUUUUAAUGACGGCCAGCGCAGAAUCGACUUUGUUCUCGUGUACGAGGAUGAAAGUAGGAAAGAGGUCAAUAAAAAAGGCAUAAAUGAAAAACAAAGGAGAAAAAGACAAGCCUACGAGUCCAAUCUCAUGUGCGAUGGCCUGCAGCUCGAAGCAACGAGAUCGGUUCUAGAUGACAAACUUGUGUUUGUCAAAGUCCAUGCCCCAUUCGAAGUGUUGUGUACAUAUGCGGAGUUAAUGCACAUCAAAUUGCCUCUGAAGCCCAAUGAUCUGAAAACCCGGACGUCGGCCUUCGGAAACUUUAAUUGGUUCACCAAAGUCCUCCAGGUGGAUGAAAGCCUCAUCAAGCCCGAGCAAGAGUUUUUCACUGCCCCCUUUGAGAAGAACCGGAUAAAUGAUUUUUAUAUUCAGGAUAAAGACACCUUCUUCAACCCAGCCACCAGGAGCCGCAUUGUUUACUUUAUCCUUUCGCGGGUCAAGUAUCAAGUAAGAGAUAACAUUAAGAAAUUUGGGAUCAGCAAACUUGUCAGCUCUGGAAUCUACAAGGCAGCUUUCCCUCUCCAUGACUGCAACUUCAGCCACCCGUCAGAGGACCCCACCUGCCCGAGUGAGCGGUACCUUCUCUACAGAGAAUGGGCUCAUCCCCGAAGCAUAUACAAAAAACAGCCCUUGGAUCUCAUCAGGAAAUACUACGGAGAGAAGAUCGGCAUCUAUUUCGCUUGGCUGGGCUAUUACACCAAGAUGCUCCUGCUCGCGGCCGUCGUGGGGGUGGCUUGCUUUCUCUUCGGGUUUCUCAAUCAGGACAACUGCACCUGGAGCAAAGAAGUUUGUGAUCCUAACAUUGGCGGCAAGAUAAUAAUGUGUCCACAGUGUGAUAGACUUUGUCCGUACUGGAAACUCAACAUUACUUGUGAAUCCUCAAAGAAAUUGUGCAUCUUUGACAGUUUUGGAACUCUAGUCUUUGCUGUAUUUAUGGGGAUUUGGGUCACCUUGUUCUUGGAGUUCUGGAAGCGGCGGCAGGCCGAGCUGGAGUAUGAGUGGGACACGGUGGAGCUGCAGCAGGAGGAGCAGCCCCGGCCCGAGUACGAAGCCCAGUGCACCCACGUGGUCAUCAAUGAGAUCACACAGGAAGAAGAACGUGUUCCUUUCACUACCUGGGGGAAGUGUAUACGCAUAACCCUCUGCGCCAGCGCUGUCUUCUUCUGGAUUCUGUUGAUCAUCGCCUCAGUUAUUGGAAUCAUUGUCUAUCGACUCUCCGUCUUCAUUGUGUUUUCUUCAAAACUUCCCUCAAACUUUACUGAAACGGACACGAUCCAGAAGUACCUGACGCCGCAGACAGCCACGUCCAUCACCGCCUCCAUCAUCAGCUUCAUCAUCAUCAUGAUUCUGAACCUCAUAUACGAGAAAGUGGCCAUCAUGAUCACCAACUUCGAACUCCCAAGGACCCAGACUGAUUACGAGAACAGCCUAACCAUGAAGAUGUUCUUAUUCCAGUUUGUCAACUAUUACUCUUCCUGUUUCUACAUCGCAUUCUUUAAGGGCAAAUUUGUCGGAUAUCCAGGAGAUCAUGUUUAUUGGCUCGGGAAAUACAGAAAUGAAGAGUGUGACCCAGGUGGCUGUCUCCUUGAGCUGACAACACAGCUGACAAUAAUCAUGGGAGGGAAAGCGAUCUGGAAUAACAUACAGGAGGUGUUGCUCCCCUGGAUCAAGAACCUCAUUGGGCGAUGCCGCACGGUGUCCGGAGCGGAGAGGGCAGCCCCGCGCUGGGAGCAGGACUACCAUCUGCAGCUCGUGGGCAGGCUGGGGCUGUUCUACGAGUACCUCGAAAUGAUUAUUCAGUUUGGGUUCGUCACCCUAUUCGUGGCCUCUUUUCCACUGGCUCCUCUGUUGGCCCUGGUGAACAAUAUUUUGGAAAUAAGAGUGGACGCGUGGAAAAUGACCACCCAGUAUAGGCGCAUGGUGCCAGAGAAGGCCCAAGACAUCGGAGCAUGGCAGCCCAUCAUGCAAGGAAUAGCGAUUCUGGCAGUGGUGACCAAUGCUAUGAUCAUCGCCUUCACCUCAGACAUGAUCCCUCGCCUGGUGUACUACUGGUCCUUCUCCAUCCCCCCGUACGGGAACCACUCCUCCUACACCAUGGAAGGCUACAUCAACAACACUCUCUCCAUCUUCGACAUCAGGGACUUCAAAAUCAAAAGCAUGAGAAACCCUGACUCUGAGCUUGGUAACCACACCACGUGCAGGUAUCGUGAUUUCCGUAACCCUCCUGGGCACGAACAGCAGUACAAACACAAUAUUUACUAUUGGCAUGUGAUUGCAGCCAAGCUGGCUUUUAUCAUCGUCAUGGAGCAUCUCAUCUACUCUGUGAAAUUUUUCAUUUCAUAUGCAAUUCCAGACGUAUCAAAAAGCACGAAGAGCAAGAUCAAGAGAGAAAAAUACCUAACACAAAAGUUUCUUCAUGAGAAUCACCUCAAAGAUAUAACAAAAAAUAUCGGGCUCAUAGCUGAGAAGAUGGGAGAAGUAAUAGAUAAUAAUGUUCGACCAAAGUCUGAAUAAGAGCUUUGUGUUCUAAGAAGCACUUUAAAUAAUUUAGCUCUGUCAAAAUAUAGUGGGAAUCACAAUGAGAAUGUUUAAGUUAAAUCACUUUAGGAAAUUUGAGUUUUAGCUAUUGCCAUUUCCAUGUAGAUGAUUUUUAAGUUUCAGCUGGUGUUGUAGGAACUGGAAAAUGUAAAACUUAAAUCAUGAAGGGCAUAAAACUAAUCAACUAGAAAACAUUCAAUUGUACCUUUUUGACAAAUAGGAAUUUCAGGAACACAGAAGCAGUCUCCUAGUGUGCGUAGAAAGCGCCUAUUCCAGGCAGAACAGGCCCCUUGCUUCCUCCCUCUGUUGACUUCCCUUCCUCCCUCACACACAUUUUUACUUUUCGGCAGCAUUGCAUUUCUCCACUUCUGCAUGCAGUGCAGUCGGCCUGGGUUCAUCCCCAACACUCCAAAGGAUUUGAGCUCUGCUGGGUAUGGCCCAAAAUAAAACUAUGUUAGUGUUAAGUGGCUAUUAAAUUGACACAAAAAUUGCCAUCAUGAGAUGUAUUGUCACAUCCCUACAAAAAAGAAAAUCUCAGUGAAUAAGAAAAUAGUCUCAGUCUUUUUUCUUUCCCAUGUCAAAUCAGUGUUCUUAAAGGAUUGGAAUAAAAAGUAGUGAGCUUCUAGGGCAUAUUUAUACUAAUCCGUAGUGACACGUUUUAUCUUCCAGUAGCUUCUAGAAUGUUCUGUCCCUAAUUAUUGUUGACUGCUUUGCAAAUCUCAAAUUAAUAAGAUGACAAAAGCAGAGAGAAGUGUAGAUUGAAAAUAGAACUCUAACUCCUAAUGACCAAGAUAACUCAUAUUGGUCGGGAUAAUUAUCACAUCUAAAGAUGCGCAGUUUCCUGGCAGGAGGGGUGGAGGAUUACAUUUUUAUCAAUAUGACGUAUGGAAAAGAUAAGCUCAUCGGUUGCCUUUCCCACCAGUUGCCUUUCUUCAUCACACGGGAGUUACAGUAUGACGAAUCGUAACUCCUCUGUAUGGCUGUGCACGGUUAAGAGGACGGCAGGUGCCCAACCCGCUGCACUGCUAGGGACGGGAGGCCUUGGGCGGGGCUCUGCACGCCCAGGGGUCAGCGUGCCAAAGCAUCUCCCGGUGAAGGUCGCCCCUUGCUCCCUCCACUCCCUUCUUCUCAGACCUGUUACAAGGACAUGUUUGCACCAAACCGUGCGGGUCAGAAGAGGUGGAGCCCCAGAUUCCCCCCAGGCCAGAAGCAGGACCCCGGCUUUCUUGCGUAUUCAGCCUCUGCCAAGGCCAGCCAGAUACUGACGCAUAGCGGAAGGUCUGGUCCCAACCCCCAUCAACCGAGUUCGCCUCCUCCCGAGAGUCCCUCAGCAGGAUGCGUCCCUUGCCCGUUAGAUCAGUUUAGAAAUGUGUACUUGGCUGCCGUCUCGGUGCCGCUCUCUGGCGGGCUCCGGGGAGACUGGCCUCGCCCCUCCCUCUGGACCAGGCAGUCACAGCAGCGCUUGGUGUCUGGGUUCCUGCGGCUGUGCGGCCCGCCCCGAUGCUGCUAACUAUGCAGGUGCCACGGGAGCCGGGCUCCCCGGGGCCCGCAGGGCAGGAGGCGCCUGUGUCCGUGCUGGGGGGAGUGACUUGUAUGGUAGCUUAUCUCCAGGUCACAGCUACAGAUGUGCCUGCCUUGAAUGUGUUUUUGUUAUAUAUUUUUUAAGGGUUUGUGUAAAAGUAACUCAAGCAGUAUUCCAGAUUUGUUUUUCAAUUUCCCUCCACGAAUCAGGGACAACGUUUCACUAACUUUCUUGAUGCUGUUAUCUAUGUGAUCAAAAAAGUGUCAUCACAGGCCGUGUCCGGCCUGACUGCACCGGGCAGAAGUGAAUUUCUCUGUGUGGAAACUGACUCCUUCCACGCACCUGGUGCGGUGCUCCGCCUCCCCCCGCUCCACUGUGAUGCUCCCCGGACAGUGUGGCCUUCUCCGAUUACCUCUCACUCGCCCUGGACCCUCUACUGUUGUUUUUGGCGAUGAUUAUUGUUCAUGGAAGCAUUUUGAAAAGGAACGCUUUUGCCUUAUCUCUUUGUAUAUAACGCAGGACUUCAAAAGAAUCACAGUUCUGUCUUUAUGAAUAUUCUUUCACGGUUAAAGUGUGUUUCUGUGACGAGGGGAAAGACGCCUCCGUGUGUCUCAAGGUAGCGCGUGCGAUGUAUGACACUGCCAGUAUCCUCCAGUCAGCUGGGCUGCAGGGGGACCAAGUCACCCGAGACACCAGCAGUGUUAGUGUCAUUCAAGUGCGGACUUGUUGGUGAUGAAGAAACUUUCUGCGGCAGCUGUGGCCUGCAGCUGUGCGUAAGCAGAGGCGUCCCCGGGAGACGGGUGCGGGACCCUGACGGUGGAAACCUGCCCCCAGACCUCUGUUAACCACUAGGGAAAUGUCAGUUUUAUAUCCUUUUGUAAUGCCUGUGAAUUUUAAUGAAUGAAACAGUAGACCGAAAUACUCAGGGGGUUUUUAAUAUAUCCCUCAGUUAUUUUAGAUACCAUUAGAAAGAGAAAGUUAUGAUUUUUUUAAUUACGCCCAUCUUGUGAACUGUCACCAAAUUCUUCCCUUUUCAUUGUCUGUGCAUCUUGAAUUUCAGAAAACAUUUAUUUCACAAUAGGGAAGUAGAAUGUGAUCUGUCGUUAAUAAUUCUUGGGCCAUUUUCUUGUGUUCAUGCUAUAUUUUAUGAUAUUCAAAAAGUUAAAAUGGAUGAGCAGUUUAAAGUAGAAUUGAAGUAUUCAUGAUGCUUUUCAUGCAGUGUGUCAGUAAAGAUGUAAAGAUCAUACUUGUUUUGUGAAUUUCUGUGCAUUUUAAUAUUAUUUUAUAAUUAUGAGCAUUUUAAUAAAUUCAUUUUUUG